AUAGUAAAACAUACAAUUGAAUGUGAUCACUAUUAUCAAGUGAAAGAUUCUGUGAUAAUUUUGGUAAUGUACGUGAUAUAAUGUACUAAAUCCUGUGUAUAAUUGUAAUUUCAGGCUUUAUUACAAAAUUUUCCAGUGGUCGUACGGGGAGUUAUCCGGGGACGCCAUGCUCUCCAGCCUACAGGCAUCACUUGAUGCGUACAACAAAAAGGAAGGGGCAGAGUGCGGAAAGAUGUCUGCAGAUUCUAAGAACGUAAUCAUUGUUUUAUGCAGUCCCCUUAUGAGGCGAGUCCAUUCAAUGGUCCCUGAGAGUGCAGAGAUUGUCUUUGUGGACUCUUCUGGUAAUUGCGACAGAACUAAUAGAGUGUUCCUGAUCUUGACCCACUCAGCCAAUGGAAGACUGCCCUUGGGUGUGAGGAUGAUGACCUCAUCCAAGUCUCAUAGUGUCAUCACUGCAGGACUGCAGCUCCUCAAGAGCAUUCUUCCGGAGGACGCAUUUUUCGCAGAGGAGAGCUUGGUCCACAAGUGGUGAUGACUGAUGGCUGCCAGGCAUUAAGGCAGGCCCUCAGCGAUUGUUAUCCCCAGACAACGCCCAUCCUCUGUGUUUUCCACAUUUUGCAGGCGAUGUGGAGGUGGCUGUGGGAUGCACACAAUGUGGUACCAAAGUCUGACCGUCAACACCUGCUACAGCUCUUCAAGGCUAUGGUGUACGCAAAAAAUCCAGGAGAACUUGAGGCCUCAUAUCAUGGGGCAUUAGAGGACUCCACGGCAAAGCUUCACCCACGAUACUGCAAAUAUCUAACGGUUAUUUUCAGCAGACGUGAGGCCUGGGCAAUUUGUCUCCGCACCCAUCUCCCCACAUGGGGGAACGACACAAACAACUAUGUUGAGAGUGCGAUGAGGGUGCUGAAGGCCCAGGUCCUCUAUAGGCUGAAGAACUACAACAUCACCCAGCUGAUGGCCUUUAUUACCACCAGGCUGGAGGCCUACUAUUGCCGGAGGCUCAUCGACGCAGCAAAGAACAGAAUCAAGUUGAAGUCGAAAGAGGACACAAGAAGAACCAACAAUCAGGAUGAGGUGAACUUCAUGGUUGACAUCCACAAAUUACGGAAACUCACACCAGCUGCCAGGAAGGGAUUUUAUGAAAUUGCAACAGGUAUAGUAUCUUGGUCCAUAACUUUGCCUGUGUUGUGGCAAAUGCUGUUGUCCCUUUUUCUGUAUGGACAGCACAUGGGGAUCUCUAAGACAGGGCUAUGGGUCCAUUUACACCAGAUUUGCCCUUCAUCGAAUGCUUUAUGUAUUUUGAUACAGUAUACGAAGAAAUAACAUAUUCCUCUG